CAUUAAGUUUUCAAAAUAAAAAAAGGCAGGCAAGGUUAACUUUUGCAUUAAAUUUUUGUUGUUGCUGUGUGAUGAGCAUUCUGUCUCUUCUUUUUCCCUUCAAUGAAGGUUCUGGACGGACUGGUUCUUAUGGAAACUCCAAGUGCGGCAGAUAGAACCGCAGCACGAUUGAUUCUAGAGCAGGUUCCAACUGUGCGGGAGCGUAUUCUUGACAGAAACGAUUGGGGCGAGAUAGCAGAGUGGCAACUGAACAAGGUGUUCAAAGAUAACAGCCCUGCAACUCAAGGCAUCAGAGAGAACCAGAUGAAGGAGAUGUUGCGAAUGUUCAACUUUGAGGAAAUGAUGGAAGCUCCCAAGUGCACAUCCUGUGGUCAGCCAGCCACACAAAGAUGUUCCAAAUGCAAAAAUGCCGUAGCUGCCGCCAAGGCGCAGCAGGAGGCAGCAGAGGCAGAACGUCAGCGGCUGGCCAAUGAGGCGGCAGCCCAAGCUCAGCAGACUGCUGAGGCUGACGCAGUGGCACGAGACCGACGGAAUGCCGCCAGCACGGAGUCCCUGAUUGCAUGUGAAAAUCAGUGGACAACACUGCUUCAAGGCAUGUUCUUUGUGCCUACGGAAACGCAGACGGAGCCGACACAGGAGGAGGCAGAGAGAAGUAACCUGGCUACCGUGAUGUUGAAUGUGAUGAGGGGAGUAAUGUGGAACAACAAACUGCUGCAGGCACACCUGCACGCGGAACGACAGCAACGACAGCAGUACCAGCAAGACCUGGCCGCUGUAACAGCUGCCGUCCGCGACGCAGCAACGCAGCAGCAGCAACAGCAACAGCUGUUGAACUCUACCCUCGCACGCAUCAACGGCAUUGAGGUCAAGGCCUCAGUAGCGCCAGGCUGCACGACAGACGAGACGAGGCAGCUCAAUGGGCGCAUCGAUCACGUCGUCAAACUCAUCGGCGACAUAGGUGUUUUCAAUGGACCGGACACGAUCAGUAGUACGGUGGCCGCCAUCAAGACGGACAUCACCAAGUUGCGGACGAGACCGGACGCCGCUACGAAGACUUACAAGAUGCCGCACUUCGGCAUCAGCAAGUUCGAUGACUGCAACAAGUCGGACUCCUUGACAUGGUGGCAAUGUUUCCUCACGGAAGCAUCAUGCCGCACUGUCCCGGCGGACGACAUGAUGAAGGCGCUUUACUUGCAACUGAUUAGAGGAGCGCAGGCUUGGAUGAACCAUCUGGCGGCUACCAACAACUGCACCAUCGCCAAACUCCACACACACAUCACGUGGAAGGAGUUCGAGAAGCUAUGGUUCACCCGGUUCAUGGUCCACAACGUCGUGAAGGCGGCCAUGAACGAGGUGUACACCUGCUCUCAAGGUAGUAUGCCAACUCGAGACUGAACAACUAAGUGGCAAAAGAUAGUGACCACGCCUGGCUUCGAUUUGAGUUUUACCAAUCAACGAUCCGAGUUGUU